AUGGCUCCAUACAUGAAUCACCUCAGCUUGUUACAAACCAUCUCCCUUUUAUACUUUUUUUUCACACUGAUCACCUGCAUUGGAUCAUCCCUAAGCCAUGAUGAGGAAUGCUCAGCCUUGUUUCAGUUUAAGCAGAGCUUAAUUCAUCAAGAUGAUGAAGCGUUUUGCACCGCUAGUUGGUUUCAAACGUUUCACACUUGGAAGCCCACAGGCAAUACAUCAGAUACUAUUUUUGAUUGUUGUUCGUGGUAUGGGGUGGAGUGUGGAAAUGACGACCGUGAAUAUGGUCAUGUCAUCGGCCUUGACUUGAGCGAAAGAUCUAUUUGCGGGCAUAUCAACUCUAACAGCACCCUCUUCAGCCUUGUUCACCUUCAACACCUUAACCUUGCCAUGAACAACUUUGUUGAAUCUCAAAUCCCAUCUGAGAUUGGUCAUCUAAAUCAAUUAAGAAGCCUCAAUCUCUCUUAUUCUAGGUUUAGUGGCCAAAUCCCGAAUGAAAUCUCUCAGCUGAUACAAUUGUCUUCUUUAGAUCUAUCACAGAAUCUUCUAAAGCUUCAAAGUCCCAGUGGCUUCAAGAACCUAGUGCAAAACUUAACAGGAAUCAAAGAACUCCAUCUCUCAGGUGUUGACAUUAGUUCUUCUGUACCUCAUUUCUUGGCAAACUUUUCUUCUCUAGGGUCAGUCAUGCUACAAAACUGCUUGCUUCAAGAUGAAUUCCCUGCAGCCAUUUUUCAGCUACAGAAGUUGAAAAUUCUUGAUUUGUCAUUCAAUACAAACCUCACAGGUGCCUUUAGUGAAUUUCGUAACAGCAGCUUACUUGAAUUUGUGAAUCUACGUUCAACAAAUUUCUCCGGGAUUGUACCAGAAUCCUUAAGCAAUCUAAACCAUUUGAGAGUCUUGUCCCUUAAUGAUUGCUCUUUCUCAGGGCAUAUUCCAGGUUCAAUCUCUAACAUGACACAAAUCACUAUAUUGGGUCUUGGAAGGAAUAAGUUCACAGGCUUUGUUCCUUCAUUGGUAAGUCCUUCGAAACUCGUGACUUUAGAGCUGAGUGAUAGCAGAUUUGAUAAGGGAUUCUUGCCUAACUGGUUUGGCAUGCUGGCUGAACUUAAUGAACUGCUUGUAUGGGAUAUGGACAUAAAUGGUGAAAUACCAGCCUUUCUUGCAAACCUAACCAAACUUAGUGCUUUGGCAUGGGAAUUCCCUGCCUUUUUGCGUUUCCAAAAUAAAUUGGAAAUCUUAUUUCUCGACAGCAACAAGAUUGAUGGCAUGGUACCCGUGUGGAUCUGGAAUAACAGCAAAGAAACAUUACAUGUGAUUGAUCUUUCCAACAACUCCAUCACCGGAUUUCAUCAGCAUCCUCAAUUUCUACCAUGGAGGCAUUUACAAGUAUUUGAUAUCGAGAAUAAUCAGUUACGAGGGCAGCUACCUAUUCCACCACAAACCACAGUUGUUUAUUUAGCCUCAAAUAACAAUCUGACAGGAGAAAUACCACCAUUGAUAUGUGAAUUGAAAUCUCUUCGAGCGUUAAGUUUGACGUCUAACAACAUGAGUGGACAUCUUCCUCCAUGUGUGGGUAAGUUAAGCAAUUCGUUGGUGCUUUUGGAUCUGAGCAUAAAUAACUUUCAGGGCAUAAUGAUGAAUGAGUUUAUGCAUGGUAGCCUGUUGGAAUAUAUUGAUUUGAGCAAAAAUCAAUUUACGGGUGAGCUACCAAGAUCGUUGACAAAUUGUACCAAUUUAGAGUUUCUCAAUCUUGCAGAUAACUCGUUCCAUGACGGCUUUCCUUCUUGGUUGGGAAAUCUUCCCAACCUGCAAAUUCUCAUGUUGCGGUCUAACAAAUUUUAUGGUCCAAUUCAAUCUUCGACAACUGUUUCCUCACAGUUCCCUAAGUUGCGGAUCAUAGACCUCUCUAACAACAACUUUAAUGGUCAGUUGCACCCCAAGUACUUCCAAACAUGGAAUGCCAUGAGAUCAGUUUAUGGUGGUGAGUCGUCUGUUAUGGAAUCAGAAAUUUCCUUCAAACCGUCCGGUACAACUGAUACAUACCUAACCGGUAUAUUCAGUUACAGUAUGACAAUAAUACACAAAGGUGUCAGAACAGAGUACGAAAAGAUUCUAACCAUAUUCACCGCUAUUGAUCUCUGUUGUAACCAUUUUGAAGGAGAAAUCCCACAAUCACUCCAAGAUCUUCGAGGCCUUGAAUCACUCAAUCUUUCCAACAAUCAUUUUAGUGGACGUGUCUUGCCAUCUUUGGGGUUCCUGAAGAAUCUUGAAUCUUUGGAUCUUUCCCAAAACCAGCUAUCUGGAGAAAUUCCUCAGCAAUUUGUACAACUCAACUUUCUUUCCAUUUUCAAUGUGUCAUUCAACCAUCUUGAUGGGCGCAUACCAAAUGGGAAGCAAUUUGAUACAUUUGAGAAUGACUCCUACAUGGGCAAUCCACGAUUGUGCGGAGAACCUCUAUCCAAGGAAUGUAAAGGUUCAAAGGCGACAACGGUUCCACCAGUAAGCAGUAUGUCUAUAUCUGAGUCUGACUCUCUCCUCCCAAACGAAACAAUUGAUUGGAUCUUUGUAUUCUGUGGAGUUGGAAGUGGGCUGGUUGUUGGGGUUGUUAUUGGAAACAUUCUAUAUGAAAGGUAUAGUGAUCGGUUCACAAAGAGGAAGGACAUAUGGGUGAGGCCACUUAGUAACACAAGGAAAAACCAAGGUACAAUUCCUUAA